AUGUGGCUCUUUCGGAUCCUCUCCUCGGCCCUUUUCCUGACCGUGACCGUCUCUUCUAUCCCGCUCGCGUUUGAUGUGGGUGGAAAGACGUGCGGUCUGGCCUUUUCGCUAUCCCUGGCCACCUUCUACUUCCUUUUCUCGAUCCUGAAGCUCUCAACUCCCAGCCGGUCCUGGUUCCGCUCCUCCCUCAUCAUCGUCAUUAGCUCAGCGCAAUGGUUCCUCAUCCCGAUCCUGCUGAUCUGGUCUCUCAACCGCUUCUCUGCCGACACCGAUAAUGAUAUUUCGUGGGUGGAACGGACCUUUACCGGCAAGCGCGCCCAGGAUUCCUCGGUCCAGGAAUGGAUUUUUGGACCAGAUGGUCUGAUCGAGUCCAUAACUAUCGGUAACUGGGAUAACCUGCUAAGGUGGUCCACUCCGGUGUUUCAACUUGUGGAAGGGUUCUGCAGCCUGCUGGUUAUUCAGGCCGCUGGACAAAUUACUAGAUGGCUUGUUAACCGUGGCGGACGGAGCGAUAGCUGGAUGAUCGGCCUCCUCGUCCUCUCUGCCUCGAUUAUAUCAAGUUCAGUCUACUUCCUUUGGCGCGUCCUUCAGUUCCCGGAGAUCUCCAAUGUCGACGCUGCGUUGAUAGGUGUCACCAUCACAUGUGCUGUCAUCUUGUGUGCAUGGGGAAUUGGCAGUGGUCGCGGAAACCCGGUCGAGAGCUCUCUGUUGUUUGCGUACGUGGUGCUAUGCGUGUAUCAGAUCUUUACCGACUAUAAACCAUCACAUCCCCUGGAACAGCAAGUCGCUUCGCCUGCCCAAGCAGGGGAGUUUCCUCCGCUCCCCCCCAUUAUUAUGGCUUCCUACACCACGCUGAUGCAUGCCUUGUCCCUCCUACCAUCCAUCAUUCAUGCCGCCUUCAACAUGAUUACUGCCGUCUUCAGCGCAGUCACUCCUUCUGUUUUAAUUUCGCUCACCUACCGUAUUCUUGUACUGUACGCGUCCACCCGAAUUAUCCCAGCUGUCCGCGAAGCAGGCGCCCGUGCGCUUUCACAGGAAGCCUCGUUGGAUGACUCCGACGCCGCUGGCCAAUUUCUGGGGUUCCUCAGCUACUUUUCUCCGUCCAUUCUUAUUGCCGUUUAUACCAGUCUACUCAUGCAACACUUUGCGUCUACCUCCCAGGCUAUGGGAGGAAGCGGGGAAUGGUGGAGCACCCAGGGUGCCGGCGGAGGAAAUCUAUGGCGAUGGAUCAACCUUGCUGGCACUUUAGCUCUGUACGCUGUUGAAUUAUACCUUGGCGAGACUGAUGACCUGGACUCGGGCCUUGCUGGCCACUGGAAAACCGACUGA